AUGACCCCCAACAAAAGAGCCACGAUAAGCCGGGGCAGCACUGCUUAUGCGCGCAAGCGAGCGGUGACAGCCUGCCAGGUGUGUCGUGCAAGGCGGACGCGAUGUGAUCAAAAGAAGCCGCGCUGCUCCUUCUGUGAGACAACAGGGGCGCAGUGUGUGACAGAGCCAGGUGCACAAUCCAGCUUUGACCCGGCUAGCCUGGCCAUCCUGGCGCGUUUGGAGAGCGUGGAGAACAAGCUCGAUGCCCUCCGGGGCUCUACGCCCCGGCCCUCGCCCCCCCCGACGGCCGAAUCAAGCACCCCGCAGCCGUUCCCCAGCCACCAACUGGUGUCCAGCCUCCUCCCCCAGAAUCUGGAUCAACUCCUCCAAUGGUCGGUGUUUGAACGGAUACGUCCAACCUCAACCAGCCAACCUCAUGCCCUUGCUGGAUUUCAGCCUCCACAUCAACCACCCUCGCAGCCAGCAGCGCUCCUUGGCGACGAACUGGAUCCGUCCGCGUGUUCGCACUAUCUCAAUGACUUCUUUGCACAUGUCCAUCCCAAGAACCCAGUGCUGGAUGAGCUGACCGCGCGACGUGUCGUGAGAAGGGUGUGCUUAGAUGGUCCAGGCUGGGACCCCGAAUCCUGCCUGGCACUUCUCAUUUGCGCCAACGGCGCCGUGGCCCAUCCUCUCACCACCCAAGCCUCAACUGGGGAAGAGAUGCGCCGCUCGACGUCGCGAGUACUUUUUCAAGCUGCCCAAAAGCGGUUGGGGAUAGUCCUCGACGUGGCCGGAGUGGUCCAAGCACAGUGUCUGUUCUUGGCGGGUGUCUACUUGAUGUCAUCUUUGCGACCCUUUGAUGCCUGGCGACUGUUCCAGCAUGCGCUUGCCAUGUGUCAGGGCUUUUCAUCGGGAGACCAUCCUGACCCGGCCGCGGAGAGUAUCUACUGGACGUGCUGGAAAUCCGAACGCGAGGUGCGCUGGGAAUUAGGGCUUCCGGAUUUUCGUGACAUCUCCCUUGAUGCACCACAGCUCUUUCCCAGUUUACCUUCGCCCAAUCAAGAAGAAGACAUGCUUCGUGCCUGGUACUUUUACCUAUCCGAGAUAUCCCUCUGGCGGCUGGAAAUGGAUGCGAGAGUCGAGAUUAUGCGUUCUUUAAGUGAGCCAGCCCACGAGAACGGGUUGUUGGAGCAACUCGCGGGCAUUGCGGACAGCACCUUCGAGCAGAUUACCCUGUGGGAACAGUCUCUCCCGUCUGUCGUCAGCAUUGCCUCGCCUAGUCCCGCUGACCCAGCGGUCGAAGAUGAUGUGCUACGGUUUGUGCUUCGGGGCCGUACGACUUACAUUAAUGAACUUAUAUCAUGGCCUUUUGUGGCCUGUGUUAUCGCGGGACGGCCGAUCACGCGGCGAGCGAGGAACUGGGCCCUUCGCGGACUCCAGUCUCAUCUGAGACGCCUCUCACAUAACGAACCGGGCUUUUAUUACCGACAUCAUGGCACCUGGCUCAUGGUGCGAUCGUCCACCCGCAGUCUUUGUCUGUUGCUGGCCGUAGCACAGGACCCGUCAGCACAUGACCUCCUUCCCGAAGGAUGGAAAGAAAUGGCAUUGAGGACGAUGGAUAUGCUGAGGUUCUGGCAGCACGAGAUAGAGGGGAUGGAGUGCCUUGUGAUGCAGCUGGAUCAGUGGUUGUCUUUGUAUUGA